UCCGGGAGAUGGACUACAUGACAGGCAGGAAGGUGGAGGCGUUCGUGGGCGUUUUGUAGGCCGCCUCCCUGGGUCGCAGGGCGCCCCAGACUUGAUCGCGGCGGGCGCCUCGCUCUCGGUGGCUGUCUUACUGGCGCUGGGCCUCGAGCAAUCUGGCUUCCUAAGAGCCAGCAUGGGCGUCACUUCGGUGCUGGCGCUUCUCUUCUUCCUUGUCGUGGGUGGAUCCCACACCGAGCAGAACACCGCCCAUUUACACCACGCAAUCUCUUCUGAGGUAUUUGUAGAUUACAUUGUACAAGUUUCUACAUGUUUGGUCCCAUGCUCAGAGUCCACCAGGGGAAAUUUCAGAGGAUUUAUUUUAUUCGUUUGGUUUAUAGCAGUCCAGCCAUUGGCAGUUCUGGGCCAAACAAUUGAAUAUGAGGCACUGCUUUGAAUGGUUAUAUGUACAUGAAAAAAGUCAAUGCAUUUUGUCCAGUAAUAUUCCCUGCAAAAUUGUCAGAUAGGGUAUGAGAUACCAAGAUAAGUGUGGUAAUAACGCCAGUAGCACCUAGCGUCUCACUAAAAAAAAAAAACUCGCCUUGAUCUGAGAACAUUAUCAUAUGUACAGUCAGAAAAAAAACUACCGUUACCCUUUAUACGAACUAAUAUAAAAAAUCGACGAGGUGUUGUGGAAUUGCGAGGCAAGCAAGAGAGCACCGUGAUCCAAAAAUGUAGAUUUGGGGUACAGUAACAUUGU